AUGACAAAAAUAUUUCGUCGUAUAUGCUUUUUGUUUUUGUUUGCGUGCACGGCGAGUGCUAAAUUUUGCAAGGGGGAAAUUUUAAGAUUAGUGAAAUGUUUGGGAGUUAAUGGAAUAGCUACGGCAUUAAAUGUCAAUGAAAAGGCCCGACUAAGUACAUUCCUUGGCAUUAUAAUACUUAAUCCUGUUCUUAAAAGAAAUGAAACUCUGAGUUCUACGGCCAUUGGAGCAAUUACAAGCAGGAAAAUGAAUUCGGCGUCUUAUGAUUGGCUAAUUGUUUCUAAGUCUGUUUUUGAUUUCAAAACCGUUAGUGACAUUUUGAAUAAAACAGAAAUGCGUUUCGACCAAAACAUUGUCGCGACGUUUCCCGAUUUAGGUGUCUGGAGUGAAAAUCAAUCUAUGGCUCUAGUAGAGUCUCCAUUUCCAACAGAAGCUAGAAAUUUUAUGGGAGAAUAUUUCAAAGUUGGAAGAUGUAAUUACUCCGAAGAUACGCAGUCUGCCUCUGAUAAUGAAGGUCCAUCGGCUCCUGAACUUUUGGAUGAUGUUCUUCAAACCUUAUCCAUACGACUGAAUGCAACGUCUGUGACAAGAUAUUAUGGGAAACUAGGAUUUCGUACAUAUGAAGGUGCUUGGACAGGUCUACUCGGAGCUCUGAUGGAUGGCUCAGUAGAUAUAGCGUUGGAACCGGUUACAGCAAUAUCGUCUCAUCACGAUGUUAUGGAUUUUAUUUUUCCGAUAUCAAAAACUAUGUGUAGUAUUUAUAUUCGUCAUCAUGAGACGUCUGCUGUGCGAGAUAUAUUCCUAGCUCCGUUCAGCUUCAGGCUUAUAGUAUGUGUUUUUUUAGUGGUUCUUAUUGCAGCGAUCAUUUUAAUUUUAAUACACAGAGUUACAGCUGCCUAUAUGAAAAUACGGCAUAUGAGCUGCAUGGAAGGAUUGAUCUGGUCCACUGGUAUUGUUUGCCAACAAGGUGGAUCAUGGACUCCGCCUAAUCCGUCAGCAAGCAUCUUGUUAAUAGUAUGUUUGCUGUUUGCUCUGGUUAUAUACAAUUCCUACGCAGCCUUUAUAACCUCAGUACUGUCCGUGAGGGUGGCUAGUGUUGGUUCAGUGGCCGAUGUCUUGCAAUCUUCGAGUUUCAAGAUCGGUUACAUCAAAAACAGCGCCGAUCAAAUGUAUUUGAUGUCAACAAAAGAUGCUCAGCUCAACGCGUUUUAUAUUCGGGGCUAUUCGGAAGCCGAGAACUUGGUGUUGUCAGCUGAGGAAGGGUUGGUACGAGCAGCAAAACAGGACUAUGCCUUCUUUGCCGGACAGCGAAUAGCUCGCUCGACUUUAAGAUCACUAAGCCAAGCUCGAGGGCGAUGUGCUCUUCGUGAGUUGCCGGUACAUUCGACCCAAGCCCAAUUAGCCUUCCCUUUAUCAAGAGGAUCACCUUACUCAAAGCUGAUUUUAAUCAGUCUAUUACAGAUACGUAGUAGCGGUGCUCUGGCACGUUUAGAGACUGUUCUGGUACCAGGCAUGCCUCAGUGUACACCUCCUACAGGCUUCGCCUCAGCCCGAGCUGCUGAUGUUCAGACGGCUCUCUACGUUAUCCUUACUGGUCUUUUAGCCUCCAUUAUAUUAGGUAAGUCAAUAAGAUCUAAGACUAUCUCUAGAGUUCAUUUAAAUAAAACUUUUAUUUUUGAAAUACUAACCGUAUUGCUGAAUAUUGUUGGAAAAAUAGAAGAACGUAUAGAAGAAGAUUGCAAACAAGAAUCCGACGUUUUAUAG